AUGGUCGGGGAAGGCGGAGAGGGGGGAAGGGAUGGCGGAGAGAGGAACAGAGAUGGUUCCGCUCCCACCACUGCCGCUGUCGCCGCCGCUGUAGGCGCUGGAGCUAACGGGGAGGCUCAAAGGGGGCUGGAUGGGAUGAGGGAGAGAGGGAGGGGGAGCGCAUCAGAAGCAACAGAGGCGUUGGAUGUGGCAGCGAGGGAUUUGAAAGGAGAGGGCAGCGGUGGCGAGGCAGAGGGCGCGGAGGGCUGUGUUGGGCGAGAGGAAGGUGAUGCUGCGUGUGCGGGUGAUGUGGGUGAUGUGGGUGGUGUGGUUGGUGCCGCAGGUGUGGUGGGGCGGAAACGAGGCAGAGAGGAGGAGGCAGGGGGUGACGGCAUGGCAGGGAUGGGUGGACGAGAGGGGGCAGGCAAGAGGCGCGAGUGGCUCACUGAGGGGAUAGGCGCAGCAGGAGAGGCGCAGCGGAUACAGUCGCAGCAGCAACAAGAAGGCCAAGCGGAAGAGGAGGAGGUGGAGGAGGGGCGAGAGGGUGCGGAUGUGCACAUGAGAGAGGGUGCGGAUGUGCACAUGAGAGAGGGUCCUCAGGAGAUGCGGCAGGAGGAGGACGGGGAGGAGACGGAGGAUGAGAAGGAACAGGAGGAGGGUGGCGAGGAGCGUGGGGAAGGCGGGAGGGAGGAGGCGGGGCAGGAAGAGGGGGCAGCAGGGCUGCUGUCGCUAUCCGCCUCUCUCGCUGCACCCGCCAGCACACCUCUCCCUGCACCUCCCGCCAUCGCACCUACUGCUGCCGCUGCUGUUGCUGCUGAACGCCGCGGGGGAGAGGCGGCAGAAGGGGGUGAUGGGGGAGGGGCGCAAGCAGUGCGCGGGGCGGAAGGGGCGGAAGGGGUGCAAGGUGCAUACAGUGCGCAGGGGGCAAGAGGCGGGGAAGGCGCUGGCAUUGCAGAGGGGGCAGAGGGCAGUGGAGGGGUGAUGAGUCGGCAGGCAGCACGGGAGGCAGCACUCAAUAAGUUCCGGCUGAAGCGCAAAGAGAGGAACUUUGAAAAGAAGCCCUGGCGCAUCCAUUAA